AUGGCUGGGGUCACUACUGUUUCUUACAGGUUCAAUCUCAAUGGUCAGUACUUAGAUUAUUUACAAGCUAAGAGAGGUAUAAGACAGGGGGAUCCCAUCUCUCCACUGCUCUUUGUUAUUCUUAUGGAGAAUAUGCAUAGGUCCUUGAGUAAGUUGCAGAACAAUCCCAAUUUUAAUCAUCAUGCCAAAUGUGAAAGUUUGAAUCUCAGAAACCUCACAUUUGUAGAUGAUGUGCUAUUAUUUUGUAGAGGUGAUCCUAUUUUUGUGGAAUUUAUGAUGAGAGAUUUCAAUAGCUUUUUUGCUUCUACAGGUCUGGUGGUUAAUCAAGGCAAAUGUAAAAUAUUUUUUGGCGGGUUGGAUGAGAGCAGUAAGGAUGAUAUCAGGGUCUUGAUAGGUUUUCAAGAGGGCUCUUUGCCCAUCACGUAUCUUGGUGUUCCUUUGUCAAGUAAAAAGCUAAACAUCAAUCACUAUAUGCCCUUGGUUGAGAGAAUUGUUAGGAGAAUUCAUCAUUGGUCUUCCAAGCUGUUUAGCUAUGCAGGUAGAGUCGAAUUGGUGAAAAGUGUUACUAAUUCUAUUGCUCAGUACUGGUUGCAGUGCUUCCCCAUCCCUAAAGUGAUGAUCAAGAAGAUUGAUGUGAUUCAUAGGAGUUUUAUUUAG